CUGGGGAUCACGUUGCCGCGAAAGAGCAUGUAAAGUUUGCGCCUUGCGCCGGCAGCAAGUCCGGUCCAAUGUUUUUCGCGGGCAAGAAAUCCCAGUGUCAGAAUGUGAGCUCCUCUGAUGAUUCGAUUAGUCACACUCACACAGUGUCCAGUCACUCAGCGACGGAGGGGGCUUCGGACUUCUCAGACGAUUCAUCCGUGGUACACAUGGAUUCAGAGCAAGUCGCUCACGUCAGAUCCAUCAUGACCAGAAGUAAGACGCGCAUGGCACUGAUGAGGCACCACCUAUCCAAUGGUCAGCGUGUGCUUCACAAGACCCGCUGUCGUAUCUCUGGAUCAUUUUUGAUCUUGGGCCUGAUUUGCUCUGUAUGCGUGAUCUUCGAGUUCUCGCGGCAAGAAAGCCUGGAAGAAAUGGGUGCUCUUCAUACCAGCAAGUACAUUGACCAGGCGGUUUUUGGCAUUCUUCUAUAUUUCUUCCAAAUCUCUUGCUGUUGUUUGGCACCGAUGGCUGAUGACCCUCGGCUCACCCGAUGGGCACUGCUGCAGUUAUGUUUAGUGGCCAUGUUGGCAGCAAUAUUUUUAGUUGCACCCACAUUGCUCACGUAUUUGGAGAACGUGGAGAGACAAAAUUUCUCGGAAGGUAGCUGUGAAUUGUAUGGCAGGGAAGCACCCACCACUGUGUGCGACAUGAAAUUCGUUCAGCUUGUCUUGCGCUUGGUGUCCUUGGGGGUGCUGACUUUCGCAAAUCUCGUGGUGACCUUCUUCCAGGAUGCCGGGAACAUGCAGAGGGCUAUGUGGAGGAUAGCUACAAUUUUCAUUUCUAUGGAACUCAGCGCAAUUCUGCUUUACACGGUUUGUGUAGCAGUUGAGAUGCACUUGCUGGAUCCAAUGUCGAUGCGGCUCAUAGGAAUGGUCCCUGCUCUGAUUCUCAGUCGAAUGAAGAUGGUGCGGAGCAAAGUACAGAUCCUCAUUUCGCACAUCCUGCGAUAUCGAAACAACCGGGCGGCUGCAGCCGGAAUCGCUGGCUUGGUGGGGAAUUGCUCCAUCUCAGAGGUGAUGCACCAGGCGAAGAAACGCUUCCGCUCCGUGGACUUCUCCAAGCUUGAAGACAGAGAACUGGCUACCAAUCAGCCAAGUCCUGCGGUCUUUGCUCUGUCUCAAUCUGUGAAGCUGGGCUGUUGUGAUGCCUUUGUCUCCCACUCAUGGCACGAUGAUGCCCCUGCCAAAUGGGAAGCCAUGAGUUGCUGGAGAUACAGAUUUGAGACAAAAAGGAAGCGGCCGCCCCAGAUUUGGCUGGACAAGUGCUGCAUUGAUCAGAACGACAUUGAAGCUGAUCUUCGCUGUUUACCAAUUUUCCUCUCUGGCUGCUCAGAGUUGGUCGUCUUCUGUGGCCCAACGUACUUGAGCCGCCUUUGGUGUAUUAUGGAAUUGUUUACUUUUGUCCACAUUGGCGGAAAGCCCUCUGACAUCAACGUGAUCCCAAUCUUACGCCGAGGUCAUGAGUUGGAAGAUCGUUCUGCGAUGCGUCAGUCCUUCCUGGACUUUGAUGUGCUGAAUUGUGAAUGUUUCAACACAUCCGACAAGGAGAAGAUGUUAGACAUCAUCCAGAUGGCCUUUGGAGACCUGGGGAAGUUCAAUGAGUCCGUUCGCGGCAUCCUCCAUGCCAUUGAUUGGAUGCGCACCUGUCCGCGAGAGUGGCUCAGCCCGAGCUCAAUGGGCUCACCAGUCCCAUCAAAGAGUCCUUUGAGUGCAUUGAGUUCUCCAAUUCCCAAGGGAUCCAAGGGCUUCCCCGAGGUGCCGGACGACAGCCCCAUACCUUCCAUCCCCUCGCCCCGCAAACGGCACGUGGCCCGGACAGCGCCGCGACCCGAUAGCCCGGCCAGCCCGGCUAGCCCCAUGGUGGGGUCAUCGCCACGAUUGCCAGAAGAUAGUCCGAUUCCAUCCAUGCCUUCUCCAAAGGAGUAUCAGUGGCUAAAUUAGAAUAAUUAGAGCCCCAAGAAUAGAGAAAUUCUGCGAAUUAGAACAAAAAAAAUCACUUGCUUGGAAGCUGGCAUUUUAUGCCACUUGAAGGAAGCUCAUGAAAAGUGAGUUUCUGGAUGUUGCCG